CUGGCCGUUUGGCAUUGGCAAUUGGUGACGCGGCUUUGUCUAAACAGCCGACCAGGGCAAAUCGCGUGCGACGGUACUAAAACGGUAACGCAGCAAUAGCGCACAUGGAUCUUUUUCAAUUUGAUUUUUUGCUUUUAUUGGCUUCACUCCGUACCAGCACCGACCGCGUCGCCUCUUGUUCACAGAAGACAGCUCUCCACAAGCAAGCAUCUAUUUUCGUGUGUCCUAUCCUCUCUUUUUGGAUCGGAUCACGUUGCUGGCUCUAUCUAACGUACAAGCUAGACUAGCAAGAGGAGAGAAAACGGUAGUAGCGUCCAGUGGAGCACAGCAUUUAUUUACUUCCAUCCCUCUUCUUCCACCAUGCCACCAUCGGAACUUCGGCAACGAAACACUGGUGCUGCCUAUGAGUCGGUACUAUCCAGUACUAGUACCGACGGUGCCAAGACGGCAGCUGCAGAAGCUGCGGCUACCGUGAGGUCAGAGCACGCCUCCAACUACUCGGAAGGGACCAACUUUGUGGAAGGCGGUUUUGAAUCCAACCCCAUUCUCUUGAGUCUUUGCGUCGCCGCUCCAUUCACGUCCCUCUUGAUGGCCCAUGUCACCAGCCAAGACAUGGCGACACAGUAUCCGGAUAUGGCUCGGUAUCCCAUUUCUGGUAUGCUGGCGGGUUGUAUGGAUGCCCCUGUGGAGUGUUGGAAUGGAAUGCAAGCCGCUGCCUUUUCGGCAAGUCCUCAGGGUGGAAUGGCCUUUAUUCUCUCCUUUAUGGCCGUGGCGUUGGUGCUCGAACGACUCUUGCCGGGAAAGAUUGAAUAUGGACCGGAAACAGCCACAGGGCAUGUCCCUCGAUAUGUCGACAAUGGAGUCCCUCACUUUGUGGUCUACACGAUUCUCUUCUUUCUUGGAUCCAACUUGGGAGUCGCCAAUCUAUACGACUUUGGAAUCAUGUAUGAUCUAUUCCCAGAAUCUCUCGCCUUUUUGAAUGUAUUUGGAAUCGUAUUCUGCUUAUUCCUCACGUACAAGGGGAUCUACUUCCCAUCGACACAAGAUUCUGGGAGCAGUGGAUCCUUUGUCAAGGACUAUCUAUGGGGAACCGAACUAUACCCACAAGUCUUUGGAUUGGAUUUGAAACGAUUCAUCAAUUGUCGAUUCUCAAUGACAUUCUGGAUGCUCGCAGGAUUCAGUUAUUGCUACCGCAGUUACACACUCCACGGACAAAUGGAUUGGGGACUCUUCUUCUCGGCAUUGUCCCAGUACCUAUACCUGGUCAAAUUCUUCUUUUGGGAAAUGGGAUACAUGCGAUCCAUUGAUAUCAUUGUCGACAGAGCUGGAUUUGAAAUUCAAUGGGGAUGUCUGGUGUAUGUACCUGCUGUAUACACCUUUCAUACAAGAUUCUUGGUACAGCAUCCAUCCGGAUUCUCCUUUGCCCCUGCCUUUGUGCUCUUCUGCGUGAGCAUGGCCGCGGUCGUACUCAAUUACAUGGCCGAUCGAGAACGAGAGAUCUUUCGAGCCACAAACGGACAAGCACUCGUCUGGGGAAAACCUCCCAAGUACAUUGAAGCAUAUUAUACCAUCACCGAUCGAAAGACGCGUGCCAAGCAGGUCAAGAAAUCAUUGCUUUUGGCAUCCGGAUUCUGGGGUACGGCUCGUCAUUUUCAAUACUUUUUUGAACUGACCGCAGCCUGGACGUGGUGUCUACUGGCCAAUCCAAUUCACAACGGAGGAUUGCCCUUGUCCUACGCGGUAUUCUUGACAAUCCUCUUGACGGAUCGAGCCGAACGAGAUGCGAAAAAGUGCCAUGCCAAGUAUGGAAAGUACUAUGAUGAGUACUGCGAGCUAGUUCCCUACAAAAUCUUGCCGGGAGUGUAUUAGAGAGUGUGGCACCAACCGCACAACUUGAUUGUUCCAGAGUCGUUUUUGUUUUGUUUUUUGUUUGUGUGUCCGCCUUGUGGUUUGUGCGAGUUGGUACGAAAAGACAACAGAGAAGCCAUCCUUUAGUCAGGUAGUUUUGACAGUGAUAAUCAAUUAGUUUUUAGAGAGUAAGUGUCAUUAUUAGUAGCCCCGCUUUGUAGCCGAUCUAAAGGUCAGGUAGCAUCUCCAGUCUCCAUGACGCCUUCAUUCAUUCCACGCCGCCUUGGGUUAGGCAUGAACAUGUACGUCGUAUGUUCUUCUGCGAUGGUAGGUUCAAUAGAGACCCCGCUCUUUAGCUGCAGUGCCGUCUGGAGGGA